AUGUUGAUUCCUAGGUCUGAAUUUGCAGGACAUAAGGACCAUAUAUUGAAUAAAAAUAUUUCGUUAAUAAAAGUUAUGAAAGCGUUCGUUUUUCAUCAAUUUCAUGAAGGUCCUAAAGUUAUUUUUGAAGAAAGGUUUGAGAAAGAAGUUCCUGAUGGAUAUGCAUGUGUAAAAAUUUUGGCUGCCUCGUUGAACCAUCGUGGAGAUAAUUACAUUAUGGGUAGUGACGUUGAAGAAGUGAAAGACAAAAAAUAUGAUUAUCUUGUUGGGAAACAAGUCAUUAUUUAUCCACUUUUGGGGUUUGGGGAUAUCUUGGGUGGCCCAAAUGAUGGAACUUUUUGCGAAAAAAUUAUUGUUCCAGCUGAAAACCUUAUAGCGAAACCUUAUCAUUUGACACCUGAACAAGCUGCCGCUAUACCAGUUGCUGGAUCGACAUCAUAUCAAGCACUCAUCGUUCGAGGUGGGCUUAGAGCUGGUGAAACUGUCCUAAUCACAGGAAGUGGCGGAGGUUGUGGACUAUUCCUGAUCCAAUUUGCCAAGGCGUUUGGUGCCAACGUAUUUUUCACGACUGGUCAAAAGUAUAAACAAAACUUUAUAGAAGACAAAUUUAAUGUUAAAGGUGUACUUUAUACAGAAGAAAAUUGGUCCGAUAAGCUGAAACAAAUCGUACCAAAGGAGAAAGGUGGAUUUUUUGAUCUAAUUGUUGAUUCAUCUGGCGGUAAAUUUGUCCCUACUUAUCUGGAUAUACUAAAGCGCUCAGGUCGAUAUGUUUUUUUUGGCCAGACACUUGGACCACCCUCAAAUGAAAUAUUAAAAAACUGGAGCACAAUUUAUGUGAAGUGUCUUAGUAUUAUGGGUUCAGACCUUUGCAACUUUACUGAUUUUAAAUCUAUGAUUAAUUUUAUCAUUGAUCAUAAAAUUGUUCCUUCAAUUGAUUCUGUUGUACCAUUCGACCAAAUUAUGGAUCAAUUUAUUAAAAUGGAAAGGCGAGAACAAAUUGGCAAGUUAGUUGUUUCUUUUGCUAAAUAA